ACCACACCAGUCAGCCCCUCGCGCUCACCAUUGAAGGACGCGCCCACUCCCUCACCUACUGUACUCUACACUCGUGCCCUUCGUGACCCUCCGCGCUCCUCCCUCAACAUCCUGAGGUCUGGUGGCCCCCUCUUUUUAGACAUCCUCUAUCCCCCUCUUGAGUAUAGGAUUCCUGUGACUCACCAAAGGACACCCGUCAAUUUAGUAACUUCGUCAGCAGUCCCUUCGUCACCAACCCUUAGUCAGUAGAACCUCCGUCACAAAUACCUUCGUCAGUAGUACCUCCUUCACUAGUACCUCCGUCACCAGGACAGAUAAUCACUAUCCAGAAGGGAUUAACCUCAGGAGGCAUUUGUGCUCUCUUCGUCAGCGACUGUCACGCAGAAGAUGUCCGGUGCCCAACGAUUACUACUACUGACGGUGGUGGCGCUGGUGUCCACUCUCCACGUGUGGGCCGCCGAUGACGCCCCUGCUGCGGACACCUCUGUAAAGGACACCCAAGAACAGACGGACACCAAUAAUAGGGGAGCCCGAGUGUUGGAUCCCCCUCAGGAAGUUUACGAUCCCGAGUUGGACACGACGCAGAACUUGACGCCCCUACAGGAUACCCUCCAGCAGUUCUAUCGGCAGGCGAGGCACUUCAGCACCUUCGACGUGUGUGCCGACUCCCUGUGUGAUCAGUUGGUGCGCCAGGCGAACGGGCUCGCCAGGAUCAAGAUGGUUAGGAAGUACAUCAUGGAUACGGUGACGAUGAUGGACAGCUUGGUGACGGCGCUGGAUGCUGAACUGGUGGUGGCGGGGGAGACGAUGACGAGGGCACUUGGCAACAGGUGUCGCACCGCCCACGCUGUCCUCUCUGACGUCAUCAAGGGCCCCAGAGAUCCAGACCGUCUUAACAGCAAGGACAGCCCCUUCAUCUACGGCAGUCGGAUUAACUACACCUACUGAUCACCCCCCUUCAGCCUCUUCCCCUCCUUCAUCUAUACGACCCAACUACAUCCUGAAGUAGCAGCAGCAGAAGGAAGGCCGUUUUGAAGGAUCUUUGGCCCUGGCUCAAGACGGUAAUGACCCAGCAAGGAAGUGGAUUGAAGGAUAUUGCAAGGAUUUCUAACCUUAACAUAAGGAUAUUGCAAAGAAUGAGAGAGAGAGAGAGAGAGAGAGAGAGAGAGAGAGAGAGAGAGAGAGAGAGAGAGAGAGAGAGA